AUUUUUUUGGUAUGUGCAGGUGAAACUCUAAUAGGAACAGACACACAUGAUAAGGGUUUCAGUAAUUUGAAAGGUUUCAUCUGCAGACACCUGACUCAAGUACAGUUUUCUUUUGACAACAUUACGAAAACUCAUCUUAAAGGUCCUGGUUGGGCAGCAUGUAUGAAAUUAAUGCAAGUGAAUUUGAAAUUGAAAUUUAUGACACUAAUGACACUUAUGAAGGUGAUUAUCCUGAUGAGAGCUGUCAAAAGGCGAACGUGCUUCAAUUUCGAGCGACUGUCACUCCAAUCGUUUUCACCAUAGUGGUUCUGUUCAGCUGUGUUGGAAACGCUUUGGUCUUGUGGGUCCUUGUAAAAUACGAAAAUCUAAAAUCCUUGACCAACACGUUCCUGCUAAAUCUGGCUCUCUCCGAUCUGAUUUUCACCUUUGGCCUGCCCUUUUGGGCCUACUAUUACAUGUACGGGUGGACUUUUGGAGAUGUGGCAUGUAAAGCUGUUAACUUUGUCUUUUACACCGGAUACUACAGCAGCCUCAUAUUCGUCACAGUUCUGACCGUUCACCGUUACGUGGCCGUUGUGCACCCCAUGUCAGUGCUCUUAACCAGGAAAAGUCUGCACUGCUAUGUAGCAUCCGUUGUCAUCUGGGUUUGCAGUCUUGGUGUUGCAUUCCCCUACUCCCAUUUUCAAAGAGUGUCGGACCCUGGUGAUGAGAUGAAUGAUGAGAUAUAUUCCACAGAUAAUAUUAAAGAUGUUUUCCAGCAAUGUGAAUUUGACCAACAGAUUAACUGGAAGCUUACUGGUACAUACUUGCAAAAUGUUUUUUUCAUUAGUGCAUUCAUAGUCAUCAGUUUUUGUUAUGCCGAAAUCCUGUGGCGGCUGCAUCGACCCACAUCUCACACUCGCGCCAAGACUGUGUGGUUAAUCCUCUGCAUAGUGGUGUUUUUUUUCUUGGGUUGGGGACCGUACAAUGUGGCUAUAUUUCUGGACUCUUUGAUCUCAUGGGGUAUCUCUCCUUUCAAUGAUUGUGACGUCAGCACCUCUAUAGACUAUAUGAUGCACAUCUCCCGGAUGGUGGCUUUCUCUCACUGCUGCCUGAAUCCUUUGUUUUACGUCUUCAUGGGAAUCAAAUUUCGAAACCACCUGAAGAAAAUGUUAUGGACGGUUUGUAAGAAGGGCAGAGAGCCUCAGAACCGACACAGCCGACUCAUUUAUUCAAACGGUGAAGAAAUAUCCAUGUAUUAGCUACUCGUGUUUAUGAUUUAUAAUUGACAGAAUGAAGUGUGAACUGGCCCUUUAAAACAGAGGGCUCAAAUAGUGCCUGUAAAAUUGCAAAAUUAUAAGAAUUAUUGUAAAGCAUCUGUAAUUGAAUACAAAUGAUCAUGAAUUUUCCAAAUGUUUAUUUUAAUAAAAUUGCGUGGUAAAAUGUAGUAAAAGCUGCAAUGCAAAAAGUGUAUAAAAUAUAUAAAAAAACAUUUUUAUAUACCUUUGCUAUAUACAUUUACUGUUUUACAAAACAAAUAUUUGUUUUGCUUUAUUUUCUCAUGUUAAAUGCAUUAAUAUAAAAAAUCUGCUUGGCAAUUCCUUGCAAAAGUCAAGUUUUUACCCAAAGUUUGGAACCAUACUGAAAUCUCAGAUGUAAAUAUUUGGUGGAUUAAAUACCCAUGCAAAGUCCCUGUUAAUGUUUUUUUAAAGCAUUUUUUAUUAUUAUUAUUUUCCAUAGUUAAGUAUAGUGCAAAUUUUUAGAAUGUACAUAACAAGGAAAUGUCACAUUGUCAUAAAUGUACAAAUAAAACUUAAAAUUAAAUAAAUAUUAAAUGUUGUUUAAAGAA